AUGUGGGACUGUAUAACAGAUUUCUUUGUGUACGAGACCACCAAGUCUGUGGUGGUAAAGAGUUGGACCAUCGGCAUCAUCAACCGCCUUGCUCAACUCCUCAUCAUCACAUAUUUCGUUGGCUGGGUGUUUCUAUAUGAGAAGGCAUAUCAAGUAAGAGAUACAUCCAUCGAAUCAUCAGUGAUGACUAAAGUGAAAGGUUUUGGAGAAUAUAAUAACCGGAUCAUGGACACGGCCGAUUAUGUGACACCUACUCAAGGGGCAUCAGUGUUCUGCAUCAUCACAAAGCUCAUCACAACAGAGAAGCAAACGCAGGGGCGCUGUCCCGAGACAGACAAAAAAUCCAUAUGUAUUCACGAUGCUAACUGUACUGAGUCAAAACCUGCUAGCAACGGCUUGCUGACUGGACGAUGUGUUGAGUUUAAUUCUUCAAAAAAAACCUGUGAGAUCAAAGGAUGGUGUCCUGCAGAGAUAGAUGAUGUGCAACAGGACCCCAUGAUGGAGGUGGAGAACUUCACCAUUUUCAUCAAGAACAGCAUUCGCUUCCCCCGUUUCAACUUCACAAAGGGAAACUUUUUGCCCUCCAUCAAUAGUUCUUACAUGAAGAAGUGUAAAUUUGACUUUCAGAGGAACAUGUAUUGUCCGAUAUUCAAAGUUGGAGAUGUAAUCCGAUUUGCUCAACAAAACUUCACCACUCUUGCUGAUAAAGGGGGAGUAAUAGGAAUAAAAAUAGCAUGGCUGUGUGAUUUAGAUAAGGCAGACGAUGAAUGCAAACCCACCUAUUCAUUCACUCGCCUGGACGCCAUGUCAGAGAAGUCCAGUGUCUCACCUGGAUACAACUUCAGGUAUGCAAAGUAUUUUAAGAUGGAGAACGGGACCGAGUAUCGAACAUUGCUGAAAGCCUAUGCCAUCAGAUUCGAUGUGCUGGUUAAUGGAGAUGCAGGACAAUUUAACAUGAUCCCAACUCUUAUCAACAUGGUUGCUGCCUUCACUUCUGUUGGUGUGGGCACAGUGCUCUGUGACAUCAUUCUGCUGCACUUCCUUAAAGGAGCCGAUCUGUACAAGGCCAGAAAAUUUGAAGAGGUAUCAGAUUCAACUAUUGAAGAGAGCUACUCAUUAUACAGGAGCAGAGAUCACAGCCAGCUGUCAAUCAAACCGGACGAGAAGUUCUCAACUGAUUCUGGAGCAUUUUCCAUGGGACAAUAUAGUUAACCUGUCUACUUAUCCACAAAAUAAAUCUACAGAACAAUCUAUACCAACUAGUUUGAUACAUAAAUACUUUGAUAGUUUACAUUCUUAAAUCCACUUCUAAGUUGAUUGUUUAUUUGUUAAUUUUCAAGCAUAAUUAUUUUAUCCAAGAUAAGUAAGAGAUAAUGUACAUCCAUAUGGUUAUAUUUCAAUAUAAACUCAGGCUGGUUAGGUUAGGAUUAGGACCAUAAAAUGUUUUGAGCAUAAAGGAUAUUUUAUCAAAAAACAUGUCCUCUAUUUUUACUGUCUUACAACAUCAUUUUUGUUUACUGAUUGUUUAAGAAAAAAUUGAAACAUCUCGGUAUACAAACCUGUCAGAAUCAUAUCAAAAGGCGCAAUUUUGCUAUUUGUUAUUUGCAUGGUCUACAAAAAAAAUGCAGUUCAGGAAUGUUUGCUAACAUGUCAGUUUUGUACACACCCAAAUGCCAUCAACCCUGUUUUUUUUGUGUCGAUGUUUGUUUUUGAAUGUAAAGUUAUUGAAAAGAGCAGAGACAUGAACGUUUCAUAUUCUGUAUCAAAUGUAGACUCACUCAUGUGUGAAUAACAUCAUAUAUUUGCAUGAAUUUUUAAAGCAAAAUACCCACAUUGUAUAUAGGGUCAUUACGUCCUUUUGUCACAUACAGUAAAUAUUGCUGCAGGAGGCUCAGGAUAAUGAAAAUUAUUUCAUGUACAAUAAUUGUUAUUUAUAUCAUAAUGCGUAUUACUUUUUGAUUCUGGCAUGACAAUCUAGAUUCAAUGCAGCCCAUCAGCUAUUAAAUUUAUAACAAAGGCUUUGCAAUCCGCCGAAUAAAGUGUGGGUCUUAAAUAUUAUAUGAUAAAUAAAAGUGCUUUUUCACAUUAAACCUGAGAACCCAUUUAUGAUUGAUGUGAAUUACAUUUAUUCAAUCUAAAGGCAAGUCAGAAGUCAGAAUGCAGGCAUGGCAAUAUCAAUUAAUACUUAAUUAAUCCAAAUCUGAUCAUGAAUUCAAAACUUCUAAAACUGGUAAAAUGAGACAAAAAAAUUAAAAGCUGAUGUAUGUAAACUUUGAC